AUGGCCCCAUUAACACAUGGAGUUCACAGCAAGACCUUCUCCCAGCCUCCACUUGACGGUUCCCUUUGUCUUCCAGAACUCCUGGAUCUGCAAGGCUCUCGCUGUGGAAAGCACCCUCUAUUUGUGUAUGAAGACGCACCAAACAUGUCCAGAAUCAUUCUAUGGGAAGAGGCCAUCAAAGGCAUCCACAGAGCAACCGAGUAUAUCCGCCGUGCCAUUAGCCAGAACAACCUUGCAUCAAGGAAGCCUGUAAUAGCUGUUCUUGCCUCCUCGGACACUAUCACAUUUUCUACGUUCCUUUCCGGUGCACUACGUACGGGCUGGACGGUUUUCCCUAUCUCAACACGCAACAGCGUUCCAGCAAUUUCGGCACUGCUGAAGCAAACUCAGGUUACCCAUUUAUUUACCACUGGUGAAUCCCAUAUCCAACAAAACAUAGCUGCUGCCAUAAAGGAAUUACCAGAACCAUCAUCUGUGGUAAAAUGCUGCAUGCCUGUGUUUGAGGACCUGUACCCAACGAAGGGCGUUGAUCCGAACUUUGUUCCUUCUCGUAUAUCCGAAUUCGACCUUGACGAUACUGCUAUAAUAAUUCACUCCUCUGGAACAACGGCGUUUCCAAAACCCGUGAAUCUGACCCACAGAGCCUUAUUGUCAUGGAUCGAUGGAGCUUGUCACAGCGAUGUCGACUUCGCCGGCUGCGUCUUUUCUUAUCACAGUGUUCCUGUAUUCCAUGCCCUUGGAAUAACGUCCAUUGCCUUCUCUACUGGAUGCGGUUUGGUCGUCGCAGCAUUCAAGCCGCAAACACCAGCUGUCGUUCCAAAUCCAGAUAACGUCUUCCAGCAAGCUUCUGCAACAAAUUGUGAUUUCAUAUUUACAACUCCGACAAUGAUUGAGACAUGGGCGCAAACCGAUCGCACCGUCCAGAGUCUGACAAACAUCAAGGGAGUGAUUUACGGUGGCGGUCCACUUGGAAAAGAAUGCGGUGACUACCUAGCAUCUAGAGGCGUGAAUAUCUACACGGCAUAUGGCUUGACUCAAACACUGCUAGUCAGCAACUUCCUUCCAAAACCGCCUGGGAUGGACUGGGAGUUCUGCCAGGUCUCCCGAGCUCGACCAGUGGAUUACAUCGAUCGCGGCAACAAUGAGUUCGAACUAGUCCUCCUGGCAACAGAAUCUUACACGCCAAGCGUGAUUAACACAGAAAUUAAUGGGAAACAAGGUUUUGCAACCAACGAUCUCGUUAUGAAGCAUCCAACGAAGGAAGGUUAUUUCCGCAUAAUUGGUCGCACGGAUGAUCAGAUCAUGCAUUCGACUGGGGAGAAGACAAAUCCCGGGCCACUUGAGAAAAUACUGAAUCAGGACCCACUGGUCAGCGAUGCCCUCAUGUUUGGACGCGGUCGUUUCCACUGCGGUGUGCUCGUUCAACCGAAACCACCAUUCUCUUGCGAUCCGACCAACUCAGAGGAGCUGUUGAAGUACAGGUCAUUGAUAUGGCCGACUAUCGAAAAAAUGAAUGAAUUCGCCCCGUCCCAUUCACGGCUGUUCAAAGAGAUGAUAAUCGUUGCGUCCCCAUGUAAGCCGUUUACGUAUACUGCAAAAGGCUCGCCGCGCCGACAAGCGACCCUCGAUGACUACGCGGCGGAGAUAGAGUCAGCUUAUGCUGCCGUCGACGAAAGCUCGCAGGACGACAUACCCGGUCCAACCGAUUGGACUCUCACUUCAACUGAGAAAUUCAUCCGAACAGUUGUCGAACGGACAAUGAAGACACAAAACGAGUGUAUCCUCAACGACGCUGACUUGUUUGAACUCGGAUUGGACAGUCUUCAAGCAACCUGGAUUCGUAACUCCAUCCUUCGUGCACUACGUGAAACAAAUCAGUCUGCGUCACGUUCCAUACCUGCAAGCUUUGUGUACGAUCACCCUACUAUCUCGAGGCUUUCCAGAUUCAUCCACGGGGUAGUAGCAGGCGCACUUCCCGAAUCGACCGACUCCAAGGAGGCUAAACGCGCCGAACUACGUUCGCUCAUUGAGAAAUAUACUCAGACAUUCCCGGAAUUCAAAGGUGGGAAGCUGAGCCAAACAGAUGGUGCAGUCGUUCUUUUGACAGGAAGCACUGGCUCGUUGGGGUCAAAUAUUCUCGCAAAACUCCUUCAGAAUCCUGGGGUAAAGUGCGUUUACACUCUGUCCCGGCCAUCUUCCAAUGGUAUAUCUGCGAAAGAACGGCAUGUCAAAGCUUUUGAGCGCGAAGCUCUUGACGUCAAGCUGCUGGAUGGUUCAAAGGUCCUUCUCCUUGAGGGCGAUGCUUCCCGUGCCGAUUUCUCUGUGGACAAAGACGCAUUUGCAGAGAUGCAAACUUCGGUGACCCACAUUAUCCACAAUGGUUGGCGAGUGAACUUCAACGUCGCGGUCUCCUCAUUCGAGUCGAACAUACGAAGUGUUCGCAAUUUCAUUGACUUCUCUCUUGGUGGAUCGCGGCCCGUCCCUGCCCGCAUCAUCUUCAUCAGUUCUAUUGGGGUCUUCCAAAGCUUUUCUGAGAAACAGCUUGGACCAGAGUCCCACAUGGUAGAGCCAGAUGGUGCGAUCGGUACCGGAUACGCUGAAUCUAAAUGGGUUUCCGAGCAGAUCUUACAGCGUGCCUCAAUUGUCACUCCUUUGAGCACUACUGUUGCACGUUGCGGCCAGAUGACCGGCGGGCCGAGCGGUGCGUGGAACGAACACGAGUGGUUCCCGAGCCUCGUGAAGUCUAGCGUUGCGAUGGGAAAACUACCGAAUGCUGGUGGAAUUGUUACCUGGAUCAAUACGCAUGACGCUGCAGGCGCGGUUGUUGACAUGCUGGAUGUGAAAGACGAAGUUCUGAAUAUCGUGCAUCCACGCCCGGUCUCCUGGUCUUCUGUAAUCUCAACCGUCUCUGAAAUCCUCGGCAUUCCGGUCGUCCCAUAUACAGACUGGCUUCACUUGUUGGAGAAAGCGGCGAAAUCGACGCCAUCCGACUCCACUUCCCUCGAAGCUGCACACCGUUCAAACCCUGCACUUCGACUACUAUCUUUCUUCCAAGGCUCCAGUGACGUUCCCGACGAAUAUAAAGAAGCUCUCAGGUUCCCACGUAUGACAUGCGAAAAGGCAACUGCUGCCUCACAAGCUAUGCAGAAAGCGAAGCCACUGGGUGAAGAAGACGCCAAGCGAUGGAUUGAAAGUUGGAGAAGAUCCGAAUUCCUUUAA